AUGGAAGAUAAUAUAUUUAGAUAUGUCUAUAGUUGCUCGUUAGAACAAAGAGUUCAAAUAAAAAUCGGAUCUUUGGAUGGAACUCCAGAAAAGCCAGAUUUUAGAACAUUAUUCACAAAUCCAUUAUUAAGUCAUUCAGGACUUUAUUCUGAGGAGAAUUGUGCAUCAUUUCUAGUGAAAAUCCAAUGCUAUAAUAAUGGAAAGGCAUUUGGAUUGCCCGUAACUACAUCAUAUAAAGCAUUCACAAAAAGAUGGAAUUGGAAUGAAUGGGUAACGUUACCAUUUAGUUUUUGUGAUUUACCAAGAACAGCAAUUUUGUGUUUUACAAUCUACGACUGUAUUGGAGCUGGCAAAAUGUCUGUAAUUGGUGGCACUUCCAUAUCAGUAUUUGGAAAGCAUGGAAUAUUUCGUGAAGGAAUGUUUGAUUUAAAAGUAUGGCCAAAUCAUGAAGCAGAUCCUCUUGAAACGCCUGGAAAAACAAAAGAUUCUGAUGAUACUGAUCAUCAGAUGCAACGAUUAGCCAAGCUAGCUAAGAAACAUAGAAAUGGGCAAAUAGAGAAAGUCGACUGGAUCGAUAGAUUAACAUUCAGAGAAAUUGAGCUAAUUAAUGAGCGAGAAAAACGAGAAUCCAAUUAUUUAUAUUUAAUGAUCGAAUUUCCAACUGUAUCAUUUAAUGAUAAGAACUAUGCUGUUGUAUACUAUGAACUGACUGGAGACAAGAAAUUUUCAUUCGUCUCACGACCAAAAUUAGUGAUGAUUCCAGAUUCGGAGAUUUUGCAGGAGAAUCUUGUGGAAAGGAAGCAUCAUAGACUAGCUCGUUCAGCUAGAUCUGGGUUAUCAGAUCGUGAUGCUAAACCAACGGCUCAUAUUAGAGAUCAACUGCAUUCUAUAGUCUAUAGAUAUCCACCAACAUUCCAAUUGAAUAGUGAGGAACAAGAUUUAAUAUGGAAGUAUCGAUUCUAUUUGAGUACACAUAAAAAAGCAUUAACAAAGUUCUUGAAAUGCAUAAACUGGCAAACUACAACGGAAGUAAGGCAAGCUUUAAAUCUACUAGAUUUAUGGACUCCAAUGGACGUUGAGGAUGCUCUAGAACUACUUAGUCCUAGCUUUCAACAUCCAGCAGUCCGACGUUAUGCAAUAACUCGUUUAAAGCAGGCACAGGACGAUGACUUACUGCUUUAUUUACUUCAACUUGUUCAAGCCUUAAAAUAUGAAAAUUUCGAUGACAUCUUUGAGUGUUAUCGUCGAAUUAUGGAUGAAAAAGAAAUCCUCAAAUCAAUAGAUGAUAAUUCAACAAAUAAUGACCAAAGUUCAGCUACAGAUUCGAUGGCACAAUCAAUGUCGUCGCAGCAACUUAUGAGCGAAGCUGAGGAUGUCAUAACAGUUCCUCCAAUUAAUCAACAACCAAUCAUGUCAAGUUCAAUAUUCUACGAUCAGCCUGAUAAUGACGAUGAGAAUAAAAUAGACGAAUCAAAUGAUGGAGCUUCGGAUAUCUCAAAUACAUUAAUGAACUCAAAAUCAGCGUAUGUCUGUGAUUUAGCAACAUUUUUAAUUCAACGUGCAUGCAAGAAUUCAACGUUGGCUAAUUAUCUAUACUGGUACUUAUCAAUUGAAUGCGAGGAUCAUGAAACAAUAAGAAAACAAGAUGAUAGAGUACGAGAGAUGUAUAUGACAGUACUAAAAAUAUUCCAACGAACGUUAUCUACAGGAAGCACGGAUCUAAAAAUUAUUCAUGCAAAUUUAAAGAAGCAACAGUGCUUCAUUGAGAAUUUGGUCAAGCUCGUUAAACUUGUUACUAAAGAGUCUGGAAAUAGGAAGAAGAAGACAGAAAGAUUUCAACAGUUGCUAUGUGAUACGGAUGAAUUUAAAAUAAAUUUUACGAAUUUUGAGCCACGACCUCUUCCUUUAGAUCCCGAAGUCUUUAUUAAGGGUAUUGUUCCUUCAAAAGUUUCAUUAUUUAAGAGUGCAUUAAUGCCUUCAAAACUCACAUUUUUAACGACCAACGAUACUGAGUAUAUCACGAUAUUUAAGCAUGGUGAUGAUUUGAGACAAGAUCAGUUAAUUCUACAAAUGAUUACACUCAUGGACAAGCUGUUAAGAAAAGAAAACUUAGAUUUAAAGUUGACACCUUAUCGUGCUUUAGCAACGUCUAAAAAACAUGGAUUUGUACAGUAUAUAGACUCAGUAACUGUUGCAGAAGCAUUAGCAACUGAAGGAUCAAUAUUAAAUUUCUUUAAAAAGUACAAUCCAUGUGAAAAUUCUGCUUUUGGAGUCAAUUCUGAGACUAUGGAUUGUUAUUUGAAAUCAUGUGCUGGAUAUUGUGUUAUAACUUAUUUGUUGGGCGUUGGAGAUAGACAUUUAGAUAAUUUACUGUUGACAAAGAAUGGAAACCUAUUCCAUAUAGAUUUUGGAUAUAUUCUUGGACGAGAUCCAAAACCUCUGCCUGCACCAAUUCGAUUGACUAAGGAAAUGGUCGAUGCAAUGGGUGGAAUGAAUUCUGAGCAUUAUCAUGAAUUUAGAAAGCAAUGUUAUACUGCAUUUUUACAUCUUCGACGUCAUGCGAAUGUCAUGUUAAAUCUCUUUUCGCUAAUGACGGAUGCAUCAGUUCCUGAUAUUGCUUUAGAACCUGACAAAGCAGUUAAGAAAGUUGAGGAUAAUUUAAAGCUCAAUUUAUCUGAUGAGGAAGCUGUACAACAUUUACAGAACUUACUGGAUAUAUCAUUAUCAGCUAUAAUGCCAGCAAUCGCAGACCAGUUCCAUAAAAUAGCUCAAUAUUGGAGGAAAUAA